AUGGUCUAUAGCGUUGGAUUGGCUGUUGGCUUAUCUAUUGGAGUGCCUCUGUUUAUCAUUUUGGUAGCUGGUUUUUUGUUGUGGUUGAGGUAUCAGCGUCGUUUACGUAAGGAAGAUCUCGAUGAGGACUACUUGGACAAGGAGAUUCAAAAUGACGAUAGUAGCUUCCGUCAAUUCCAAGAGCAACUACAUAAACAACGCGAUGUCAAGCCUCGUGACAAGAAAGAUGACGAUGGGUUACAACUCAAGGAGGAGGUAGUUCCUGUACAUGGAACUAGUGAUUCAUCCAAUGGCAGUCUUGAAUCAGAGUUACAUCAACUGUAUGAGUUGGCAGAAGUACAACCACAACCGGAUGUCUCCAAACCACUGAAACACCCAUAUGGACAACACUUGCAUUACCCUUCAUCAACAAGUCAUCAACACCAGCCAAAGUCACAAUCAUCAACUUCAUUAAGCCAGGCACUGGAGGAAUUGCCACAUGUUCAUGAUCCACACCACUCUGACUCACAAAAUAUGCCUUCUCGGAGAGCAGUGCAACAACUGCAACGUCGUAAGGGUGCUGCGCCUCUCCCACCACCACCCCCUCCCCCACAUCGCCAAUCCUCCAACAAGACUCAGGCAUCUGUGUAUACCUUUUAUGACACGUUUAUUCCUACUUUUGGUACACCAGAGCCGGCGUCACAACUGCAGCAAAACAAACUGUCGUCACUUCCAAACUCAACUCACAACUCGUUUAGCGAUUUGCUUAAUCAAACAGCCCAUAGCUCGUUGAAUUUACUAAAGAGUGGUCACAAGGAUUCGGCAAAUAACGAUAACGCCGCCACUGCCACUACCGCCACCACCACCAACAACAACAACAACACCAACAACACCAACAACACCAAUCAACAUAGUCACACAAACAGUGCGUCUAACUCAAACACAUCACUUCUCCACAGUGAUAACAACAAUAACAACGGUAAUACAAGCACGUCACACUCACGUGUACCUUCCACUGAUUUAGACGCCUUGGCCAAGCAAUUGAAUAGCCCGCAAUUUUUUGAAAAAUUACCAAGCAAAGCCGCGGCAGCACAAGGUAAAGUUUAUAUAAAACCACGUGUGCCAACAUCCUCAAGCAAGCCCCACAACAACUCAAGCUCGGAAUUGAUAAAUAAUUAUCUUGUUGGUGAAAACACAGCGUUGAAUGAUCAUUUCAACUAUGUUGCACCAAUGGUUGAAACUGCUGAUAGCACAGAUAAACUUGCACAAGUACAAGUACCAGCACCAGCUAGUGGUGAUGGAAGGGGCAACACAUUGACAUAUAACCAAUAUCUCAGUGCAAAAGCAGCAACAGUUGAUCCGUCAUUAAGACGCCCCAGUCAAAGCAAGGAAGACGAACAAGAUCAAGCGGAAGCUAUACAGGAAGCCAAUCCCUUAAAUGGCCAAAUUGGAAAUGCUUUCGAUGCUAAUAUCUCUAUGGAACCCACGGCUAUGAACAAAAAGAAUACAACUACUAAUGAAGAUGAAGAUGUAAUGCCACCAGUUGUGUUUCAGUAA